GCCCCGCCCCGCGCACGUGCUUGGCGUCCGGGGGCUGCUGCAGAGGAGGAGGUUUCCAGCGGUUGCAGCAUUCAUGGCAGGGCCCCUGUGGCGAGCCACUGCAUUUGUGCAGAGACACAGAACGGGCCUGUUGGUGGGCUCGUGCGCAGGCCUGUUUGGGGCUCAGAUCUCUUACCACCUCUUCCCAGAUCCUGUGGUCCAGUGGCUGUACCAGUACUGGCCUCGGGGCCAGCCAGCGUCGCUCUCCCCAGAGCUGCAGAGGCUCUUCCAAGAGGUGCUGCAGGACAUCGGCGUCCCCUCAGGCCAUCACUUCGUGGCCUUUACCACCUUCACCUUCCAGCCUGUGAGUGCCGGCUUCCCGAGGCUCCCUGCUGGGGCCGUGGUGGGCAUCCCCGCCAGUUUCCUUCCAAUCACUGACACCGAAGAGCCUGUGGUCGUCCAUGGGCAACAAGUGGACUGGCAGAGCCCGGCAGGUGCCCGGCUGAGAGAUUCCCUGACCCUGUCCCAUGCCGCCCAGAAGUUCGCCCUGGCCAGGGAGGUGGUGUACCUGGAGAGCAGCACAGCAGCCCUGCAGGCCCUCCCGGCCCCCGCUUGCCUGGUGGGCACCUGGGCCCUGGGCGUGGGGGCCAAGCACGCGCUGGGGCUCUAUGGGGGCCCCAUGAACUUACGGGCUGCCUUCAACUUGGUGGCAGCGGUGGUGGGCUUUGUGGCCUAUGCCUUCUCCACCGACUCGCUUACUCACGCCCUGGAAGCCUGGCUGGACCGCCGCACCGCGUCCCUGUCUGCAACCUACGCCCGGGGCGGAGUGGAGUUCUACGAGAAGGUCCUGUCGGGCAACCUGGCCCUGCGCCGGCUCCUGGGCAGGCCUGGAGAGAAGCUGUAUACGCCCAGCGGGAACGUCGUUCCCAGACACUGGUUCCGCAUCAAACAUUUACCCUACACCACCCGCCGGGACGCUGUGCUGCAGGUGUGGCGGGCGACGCUCAACCCGGGCGGCUCCUGAGGCCCCAGCUCAAGGACAGCUCCCGCUUGUGCAGGUACCCCCCUGCCGCUGACUCUGGGGGACACUCUGGGGGCCUCUGCGCCCACAGCCCAGUGGCGGAAGACUCCCAGGCUCUGGAGUUAAACAGCCUGGAUUUUACCCCAACCCACCACUUAGGAUCUCAGUGACCUUGGACACCGCCCUUUGUGACUCUGAGCCUUGGUUUCCCCUCCUGUAAAGCGGGGCUGAUGUAAACUACCUGGGAGGGUUACGCGCUUGUACAAGAUCAUGAACAUAAGGGCCUGGGAGGAGUGCCAGAAAUGCACGGGAAGUCCCUCCUUGUUGGUCUUUGAAUAGUGAGCUGUGGGGCUCAGAUCACAUCUCACCACCAGGGGUGUUUGCAGUAUGUGAACACUUUCUUAUAGCGAGGAAUCACCCCAGAGUAGAAGGAAAUCCCAGUUUCCUUCUACUGUGGUAGAGAGUCAAAGCUUUGAGAGGCCAAGAGAAGCUGGUGUGGACCCAAGAGCCGGGUAAUGGGAGCUCGAGGUGGGGCUUUGAGGGCUGUGUAUCCAGGGCAGGUGACACACUCGGAGAGGGCCAGGCGACCAGCAGGGCUUGGCGGGGCCCCCAGAGAGCCCUUGGGCCUGAAGGGGAGGGAAGGAGUUGCUGGAACCUGGCGAGACCUGUGGCGUGGUGACCUCCUGGUAGGAGCUCUAGCCGAAGGAGGGGAAGGAACAAGCCAUCAAAACAGGCCCUGCAGGAGGGAGGCUGCUGAUACCAGCCCCAAGUUGGCAGCCUCUGGGGCACAGAGCUUGAUGAGGGCCUGGAGGAUGGUGGUGGGGGCAGUGAGGGGAGGUGGAAAUGGGCCAGCUUGGCUCACAGGGGCCGGUGAGGAGAGCAGAGGGGUGGAGGUGAGCAGUGUGCCUGGCCUGGUGUUGGGACCCAGGAGAGGCUGCAACCUUGUCAGGCCUGUUUCCCUCGAGGCCUCUGGUGGUGGAUAGAGCAGACCCCACAGGGCAGGUGGGGAGAGUUGUGAUGAGCUCGCCAGCUCACAUGGCCGUUCUUGUAUUUUCGCUGGUGAUUAUGGUUUCCCUGCAAGAGAUGAGUUCAGGCCUGGUGUCAGCGCAAUUCAGGGCAAAGGGAUUAGGCUGCUCCGAGGAAGGGUGCAAAGCUGUCUGGGGAGGCCUGCUCAGUGCUCAGUGGUGGCCCACAGUCCCUGCAGAAGACCAUGAAUGGAGGGAGCAGCUGGGGUGGCCCACCCUCCUGCCUGGUCCCUGACAGCAGACUGGCACUCAGCGCUCCGGCCCUACUCUGUGCCAGCCUGGGCGGUCCCCACCCUGGGCCCAGGCAGGUGAGGUCAGAGCGCCAUGUGUGUCAGGCUCUUGGGGCAGCACUGGGUACAGGCUUGAUGAAUGUAUAGGUGGACGGAUCGGUUAGCGAGCAGGUAAACGAGUCUCCGCUCAGGAAGAGACUACUUCAAGGGCCCUCUGGGUGUGUCACCCAGCUGCCGCCACCACGUGGGAUGGAUUCCUGGCUGCUGAAGGGCAGUUUGGGGCCUGAAUUUGGUGAGUGCCGCCAGCUAACCCCUCUCCACCCUCACCCCAACUACUCAAUACAGGUGGUCCUGCUGCUCUGUUCAGAUGGUGAGGUGAGGGAGCCCCAGCGUGGGGGCGGAGGAGGCCACCCCCUGAAACGGCUGCUCUCUUGGCUCCCCCUGCAAGUCACAAACUCUGUCUCCACUCAUGGGCUGUUCCCAGACCCGACGUGUGCUUUCUGUGGCCCAACUCCAACCUCCCCACGUUCUGCACAUCCCUGCUUCACGGCUCAGGCCCAGCCGUUGCCAUCUGAAGCCCUCCCACCGCGGUCCUGGCAGGCAGGCAGCAACUCUGGCUGAGAACUUGCUUUGGGCUGGGCCAUUCCUCCCUUCCCACCAUCCUACCUGGUGGCUAAACCAGUGCCCAGCCUCCCCGGGCAGUUCCUCACCUGGGCUUCCUGGCCAUCCUCCCCACCUCUCCUCGCUCUUGGAAGUGCAGAUCUGACUGCGUUCUUUCCUGCUUCAAACCUUUUGCAGGCCUCCCCUGGCUUCUGGCUAAAGCCACAUCUCCAAGCCUGGGCAUGCAGGCUGGGUGACUGUCCUGCGACCCUCUUCCCCUACUCUGUGAAUUCUGGCCUCACAAGCACUUUGGUUCCUUCAUCUCCCCCCACAGGCCUUCAUCUGGACUGCUCUCUGCUGGCCUGCCCUUUGCUGCGUUUUCAGUGCUCCUCCUGCAGGAAGUCCUCAGGGACUGACUCCAUUCCCCUUCCCCAUUCCCUUGCUGUUAACUGUAAUUAAGCAACUACGUUGGCUUAGCAUCUCCUCUGCUGAAAUGUACUCUCUCCAAGGGCAGGGUUGUGUGACCAGUUACAGCUCUGCUGAGGCUCUCCACGACGUUUGUGAUUAAAUGAACGAGGCUCUUAGGCCACAGCGGACACAGGCCUGGCCCCUUAGAGUCUCCUCUGAGCAACUACAGGAAAGCUAGCUGGGCACCCUGGGCGAGGCCCUUAUGGGUCAUAUGUGACCCUGUCCUGUCUUCCCAACUUGGGACUUUCUAAGGACAUGGCCUGGCACCAGUCUUCCAGGACUGCUGACUUCAGUGGAGAAACCGGGACACUUGUGGGUCCCUUCCUUUAGGGCACAGAUUACUACCCAAGGCACCAGGGGCCCCCCAAAUUUUGUGAUACUUUGUACCCCUGAAAGCAGCUCAGGGAUUGAUCGCGGAAAGGUGGAAAACCACGUUCUAAGGCUUCGCAGAUGGGCCAGGUGGCGGCAAGUUCCCCUGUAAAUGUUGCCCUGCAUCCUUCCCUCCCAGAUGCCUGCUGCGGGCCUCGGUCAUCAGUCUCUGCCUGGAUCCCUAGAGAAUGUGUUCUGUUGAAUUGUGUCCCCCACAUGUUCAGAACAUGAGGAGUGGGGUCCCAGAGUCAUGGUGCUGGCAGGGGCCCUGACCAUCCCUGACCCUCGUCCCCACCAGCCAGUGUUCACAGCACCAGGCCCCAUGCAUCCAUGCCCGGAGCUGGGCGCAUCCUUUUCUCCAUGUGUGCACAUAUCAUAGACUGGGUCCAGAAUGGAUGCGUGGGUCCUCGCCCAGGGAGACCUCCUGCCCGCUACAUCGUUACAGUACUGUUUACAGGAUCCUUUGGGGGCACCAGACACUGCUAGGUUCUUAGAGAUAUUUUUUAAAUCUCCCCAAAUUGGAAUAUGUAAUUGGUAAUGUUAUUUUGAUUUUGCAGGCAAGCAAAUAGCACAGAACGGUAAAGAAAUUUUCCCCAAAUCAUAAAGCUUUCUAAGUGGCAGAACCAGGAUUAGGAGCUGGCAGUCUGGCUCCAGAUCCCAAUCUCAAAACCCUGCAUUUAUACUGUCCUAUUUAUCCUGAGGGUUCCUUGGUUCAAACUUGUACUAUGGACUGUGUAAUCUUUCUCUGGUUAGAGAGACUUUCCUGAUUAAAUGCUGGUUAAAGGUGACUUUCCAGAUCACCUCUUUUAUCAGGAAAAAAAUGGUUACCGAGCAGAGCCUUUUGGAACUGCCAGGGAAGACCCUUUCUGCUAACUGAAGAGGAAGGGGCCACCUAAUCUGUCAUUUAGCGCUGAGGUGGCAAUGGGGUGGAAGUGGGGUGUUACAGAGCCCGGCUGAGGACAAGGGGACCUCAGGAGUCAGAGAGGGAACCUAGACUGGGCAACCAGUUAUGGGUUCAAAUUCUGGUCCUGCCACUCUAGCAGAGUGAUCUGGAACAGGUGAUUUUGCACCUCUGAUUCUGAGUGUCCUAUCUGUAACAUGGGGACAUUGAUAUAUAUCUUACAGCAUUGUUUUGACAGUGAAAGUAAAAUGAAAUUUGCAAAAUGUGAAUCCCAGAGAGGGUUUAUAGUAAGUUUUUAAAGAAGACUGGUUCCUAAAUGUUAGUGGUUUUAGGUGGUACAAGUACCAGGGGGCUCAGGUCUUAGAGUUGCUUCCGAAAUACCAGCAGUGUGUUGAGGCCGGACCCCCCGCCCCACCGGGAACUCCCUGCUGCCUCACACGGGUCUCCUCUCAAGGCUUUCAGAGCCCUGGUGCAGGUGGUUCUUUAGGUUGCUGUCAGUUGACACCUUUUGGGAAAUUACUUGGCAGCAGCUGAGAGCAGAGGACCCAGGUGGCCCUGGGGGAGAAGACAUCUCUGCAUCUCUGUACCUGCAAGUGCCAUCUUUAAGGAGAAAACUGCAUGACGUCACCGUUUCAAUAACUUGAUAUGUAUAUUAAUAAACGGAAUUCAGUCAAAAAAAAAAAAGCACUGGAGAAGAAGACAUUAAAUGGGAGAUGGCCUUUUACACCUCCUAUACUGGUCAUUUUUAAGUACUAGAGCAUUCAGCAUUAGUGAGGUGGUGGGGAAAUCGGUACAAGCAUGCGCUCUUGGUACAUUUGUGGCAGGCAGCCUCCAAGGUGGUCCCCAGUGAUCUCAGCUCCUGGUAUUCUCAGUCUUGUGUUGUCCUCUCCCCUUGUUCCCCUUGGUUCAAAACCAUAGAUUCUGACAACUGUGACUGUGUUAUGAAAGAGUGUGACUUCUGUCUUGCUGGCAGACUAUUAUCUCCUCGGACAUACGCUUUGGUGAAGCAUGUUGCCAUACUGGAGAGGCCCACGUGGCAAGGAACACAGGGCAGCCUCUGACCAACAGCUAGCUAUGCAGGGAGGCCCUGAGUUCGACAGCCCACAAGGGACUGAGUGCUGACAACAACCAUGUGAGCUUGGAGGAGAAUCCUUCCCCAGAUUUUCAGUUGAGACCCUAGCCCCACCCGACACCUUCACUGCAACCUAUGAGACACCUUAAAGCAGAGGACACAGCUGAGCCAUGCCUGGAUCCCCAUCCCCAGAAACGAGACAACAAAUGUGGAUUUUAUUAAGCCACUUUGUUUUAUGGUCAUUUUUAAUGCAGCAAUAGAUAACUAAUACACAUUAUCAAUUCGCAUAUUUUUAGAAAGCAAUUUAGGAGCACUUGACAUGAUCAUAAAACUGUACCUUUUGAUCCAGUAACUUGAAGCCUAGAAAUUUCUCCUGAAGCUAUAACAGCAGAAACUAAAUCAU